AUGAUCACCACCACCAGCAAGAAACACAAGCCAACUGACGAAAGUACCCCGUUGUUACUGUCAGCUCCUCUGUGGGACGAUCUGAGUCUUCUUCCCCCGCCUCCUCCUUAUAGCCAGUCUUACGAAUCGAAUCAUCAUGAUUUACAAUCUAAAAAAAUGAGCAAAUUUCCUUUGAAUAUCCCACGGCUCAUAAAAUUACUGGUGGUAAUAAUGACAGUGGCAAUUUGUGGGUUUGUUGCGAUAAAUAUCUGGUUGAUUGGCCCCCACUCCCAGGAGUAUAUCGAGAAAUCCUUGGACGUUGAGGCCAAGAGCGUCGAGUUUGCAGGAAUCGGAAAAGGUUUCUCUAGUGUAGGGAUCAACGUUCAACUUGAAACCAGCUUUGAUUACAACAAGCUCAAUAACAGCUACUUAGCCUCAGUUUUUCAACUCAAUGGCCGAGUUUUCAAAUCGGUAGACAUAUCUUUAGACGAUAUUGAAAUAAAGCUAUUGGAUAAACAAGACGAGGACUCGAACCCUCAAAACAUUCAAGAUUAUUUGAUCAAGUUGGGGUAUAUGAACAUUCCUCCUUUCAAUUUGAGGAUCGAACAACAAACCCCAACCACCCUUGAUUUGUUGAUCACAUUGCAACCAAACCGCAGGGAACUUUAUCGGUUCUUGAAGAAACUACUGGAAAAAAUGCAAAACGGGGAAAAGUUUAUAAUCUUUAGAUUGUUUGCUAAAAGUCAGAUGUCAUUAAACUUGGGUAUUAUCCCUACUUGGAAGAAGUUCCCGGUUGAUGUUGAUCAAACCAUUAACUUAUCACCACAAAUGGGAUCAUUAGAGUCAUUUUUGGACCUGGUAAUUGACUUUGUUGUACAUGAGAAUACCGAAGAUGGGAAACCAAUUACCAAUGCUCCAUCGGCACUGGCAGGAAUUUCCAAGAUGUUGAUUGAUAAGGUUGGCAAACCUGGAUUGAAUAGUUUAAUUUCAUUGUUGAGUCGGUGA